UAUCGCAAGUGACGUGGGAUGGCGGCGCAGCGACCACGCCUUGCGACAACAUCGGUGCUCGACAUCACAUGUGUCCCUGUCCUCGUUGUCCAGUGCAUCGCGUCGUCCGACGACGUGGCUUCGUUUCUUCAAGCGAUGCCAGCCGCAGUCCUCACCCCCGAACUCGUCGCGCUGCGUGAGCUCAUGACAGCACCCGACGCGCAGCCGCACUACUACUGGCCUACGAUGCACCUAACCAUGACAACUGACUUUGAAGUCGACCGUAUCGUCACUGCCAUGCCCAUCGUUCCCCGCGCGUCGUUUCGCAAAUUGAACGUGAGCCAGCGCUCGCCAGCGAGUAAACACCCCGAUAUCCGUUUACCGUUUUGCGCGUUUGUCGCCACAUGGGCGCUCAAGUUUCGGGAAGUGACCAUUUCAGCAACCGAUCUCGAAGAGCACCGAGUCUAAAUUUGUGAUAUGCUGCGUCACUGCACUCGCCUUGAGAGCGUGGAUCUUACGUUGAACGAGGACGUCUUGGCGGCGAUGACGACGCCCGCGCACAGUGUGUCCAGCAUUACUAUCGAGCUGCCGAAUGACGCAGUGGCAGCGUACGAAAGAUGUCCAGCGGCGCUGCUGUCGUGGCUCGCGUCAGGCUGCGCUAACACUUUGACCCUCGACGAGUUUGGCGCUGCAACGGACGCUGUAUUGGCGCACGCAGUAGCGUCGGCGCCAACGCUGUCGAAGCUGGCUUUAAUGGAUUCGGAGGGUCUUCUCAACAGCCUCGUUGCCAACGGCGCCAUGUUGACGCACAUGACGGAUCUCGCCAUUCGAUCGACCACGUCCGAUGUGGUGGUUGCAGCGCUUGUCCCACUGCUCGCUCUAUCAAGGAUGC